AUGCCCAAAUCGAGUCUCGGCAAACGCCGAGGCUCGAUUUCACAUCAUCAAACAAUCCACAACGUUUGUCUUCAAACCACCACCAUCGUCGUCGACAACAACCGGGCACACCACGCCACCACCCUCGCCAACGGCCACCACCAGCCACAACCGUCGCCGUCACCGCCCACUGAAGACGACGAUGGACGACGAUGGAUGACGAGGACGACGACACGUCAGCGGACGACGAGGACGGCCACACGUCAAUGGACGACGACCACGUCAACGGACGACGACCACGUCAACCGACGGCCACGACCCACGACGUAG